UCCGCACAAAGCGUCGUCGCCCGGCGCUGUUGGGCUCUUGCUCACUCCUAUUCUGCCCCCGCUCUGGACAACUCCCUCCUUUUCCUCGCCAGAGCCUCACACGCCCCCCGACCCUGCGUCUCCUCGGGCCCGCCCUCAUGCUCUCGACCGCACCCACCAAGAAGGCUGCCCCGAUCUCCAAGCAUGAUCAGAUCGUCAUCUGCGCCGGCAACGUAGAAAACUGGAACUAUACCAUCUCCUACUGUCAUUCCCUGACCUCUACCAACCCGAAGCUUGUGGCUUCCCGGGUGCUGCCGUUUGUGCUGGGCGCAAGACUCUGUAUAGAUGAGGAAGAUACCGUAACAGACUUCAAAGUCUUUGAUCGCAUCUGGGGCUGGCCAGGCGGCCAUUCCUUCCUUGGGGCCGACACAACACCCAUCGACAGGGCUUACCGGUGGUAUAAGAGCGAGAUUGGGAAUAACAAAUGGCUCAUGUCGCUCGACGAAUUCGAGCAUCACGUCGAGAACUGCUGCACCUCAAAGUUGGACAACGAGCCGCUAAACUGUGACUAUGACACCACAAUGGAGAGCGAAGCCAACGUAAAGCUGGUAGAGUGGAAGGUGUGGAAGCAUGAGAUUGGCGAGGACGGCAUCAACGGCGCACAUGUCCUCAUAAAAAAGAAGCUCUAUGCAGACCACGACCACCCCUUCAUCAGCAGAUCCCUCGCCGACUCGUUCAUCGCCUCUCUGGUAGCCGGUGAGAACUCGGACAACGAGGAAUUCCUGACCGAGUGGGAGGUGAUCGAUUCGGACGAAGAAGACGCCGACAUCGACAUCGACAACGACAUCGACGACGACGAUGACGAGCUUCCAGGCUGCGGUUUGCUGGACCACAGCAAGAUUGUCCUCGAACCCGUCGAUAUCGACAAGGAUUCCGCCAACCUGCUCUCCCAGGACUCUACCGUGCGGCAACUCGCGAAGCUGGUGACUUCUGAAGCCAACGGGGCCGGCCCGCUCAGCGCUGGUAGCUCGGUAAACGAAAACGGACUCUUGCCAAACGGAACCAACCCAACCAAGCACGCGAGCCCAGAUGAUACCGAAUCGAUUGCGAGCCUGCCUCGGACUCUCGCAAAGAACACAGCCUAUCCCACGCCUAUUUAUUCCACGAGGAAGCGCUCCAGUAUUGGUUCGCGCACGCCUAUUAGAAAAUCGCCACACACAUUCAAGCGUCGUCGCUCGUCAGGAAUCAACGGCGUCCCGACGCCAAAGUCAUCAUGCCGGUUAGUCCCUCAGGAAGAUCCGGAUCCGCGGAACCCAUUCAACUGCUGACGAGCCUGCUGAGCUCUGUCUGCAGAGUCGCCCAAUGGCCUCAUCUGUGCUUUUGGCCCCCACCCCUUCCCUCCAUCUCUCCGCUGCCGAUUGAAUACACGGUCCUUUCGAGAAACACAUCACAUCCCGAUAGAAUCACGCACGAGCCGUCCGUUCUCUUGCAGAUCCAAAAACGCAUCUGUGGGCCAAUCGAUGGCGACGGCUUGUAAUUACAACCGACGGCUUGCAGUUAUAGCCGGUGGCGACCAUACCAAAACAUCGCAUGGCUCGGCUUUCCCAGAAAGUCUCUCUGGACCGCUAUCACUACCAUCAUCUUCGUUGCCAUCGCUGGUUGCUCAUCGUAUGCGCGUAGCCCCCCAAAAG